AUGAGACAGGGGUCAAGUUGUCAUUCGCCUGGUGAACAAGAGCCCGACAAUUCACCCACCUUGCUGCGUUCACACUUACUAUUCCGCGACUUUGAGUCUUUGUUCAAUGGGACGACUAGGGCUACCAAGCUCAUUAGCGUCUGCUCUCCGAAUAAUCCUGUGGGCAUAGUUUUAUCAAGUUCGGAAGUUCAGUCGCUUGCAUCUCUGGCACAAGUAAACGAACUCUAUCUUCUCGUUGACGAAACCUACGCUGAUCUCAACUACGCAUCCACCUCUGCGGAUAUCGAACUCGUCAUUGGAUUGGCUGCAAAGUUCGGCGAUCAUGUUAUCAGUGUUUCAUCCAUGUCAAAGGUCUAUGGUGUUCUUGGCAUCCGGAUUGGCUGGCUUGCCACAACUAACAACUCUCUACAAGAAACUUUUCUUGCAGCAAAAGAACUUAUUAGUAUUAGUGGUAGUGUCGUGGAUGAAUUUAUCGCGGAACAAAUUUUCUCACGACGCACUGAGCUUUUAUCCAAGACAAUUGCUGACAUGAUUCGCCGAAGAGAGCACGUCGCAAGCUGGGUGGAUCAAGAAUCUGAAUUUUUAGACUGGGUAGAGCCAGAAGCGGGAAUUAUGUGUUUCAUCAGAGUCAAGAAGGAGCCGGUGGGAGGGCUUGCGGCAUUUUAUCAGAGAUUGCUCAAAGACCAUGGAGUAUAUGUUGGACGUGGAACUUGA